ACAGCUCAUGCGGUUCCAAGAAAUGAUAAUGAUCAUUAUUCUACAUGUACACUUUAUAGAGAUUUGCAAGAAAAAUGCAAAAUUCAAGAAGAUAGUGAAGCCAAAUUCCAACAAUAUAUACAAUUGAAAGAGAAAGAAAUUGCACUAAUGGACAUGCAACACAAGUUGUUAUUAGAGAUCAAUAAAGUUGACUACUUUUGUAAAGAAAUUACACUAAUGGAAGGUGAAAACCAAAGAUUUCAAUACAUGGUAAUUGAAUAUUUGAGAAUUAUGGAACUUCUUGAUUUGUCAAAAUCAGAAAAUAGUUUGCUUCACAAAAAGGUUAAGAAGCUUUUGAAGAAAAUUAAAGAACAAAAAUUUCAACUUGAAGUAAAAGAAAUUGAAAUUACAAGAAAUCAAGAAGGGCUAGAAAUUAAAGAUCAUGUCAUCAAGCAAAUGGAAUUGGAAAUUCAGCAAUUAAAAAUGGAGAAGAAUGAAGUGGAAGUGGUAACAAUGGAAGACCACAAAGAAUUGGUAAAUGAACUUGAGCAAUUGCAAAAGGAGAAAGCAAGUGAAGACAAAGAGUUAAUAUACUUAAAAUGGUGCAAUGCAUGUUUAAGACAUGAAUUAAUGAGAAGAAAUCAAGAGCAAAUGAAUAAUCCAGAAUUGAAGAAUUUGGGAGAAGAAAAUAGAGAAAUUGUUGAAGAAUUUGCACCAAAAGUACAUGAAAUAAUCUUGAGGAGGAGUUCAUCAGUUGGACAUAAUGAAUCUUAUUCAAAUAACGAGCAUUCAAAAAGGAAAAAAUUGAUACAAAAGUUCAAGAAAGUCAUGUUCUAGUGCCUAAUUAUGUGUACAUAUUUGUAUUUCCUUGAUGAUUUGUUUCUGGUAAAAACCUAUCCGCAUCGAACGUUUGCACCAAAUUUCGUUAAAGGGCUUCUAGUUCUGCUUUGUUCCAUAGAGAUAAGAAUCAAGUACCUUCUCGAACUAUGGUCAAAGUUGUUACGACACACUUCGACCCCUAAACUCAAUUUUAACGUAUUUUUAUCACCCUUUUGUAUUGAUGUGACACCCUUUGUUACAUAAAAUGGAACCCACGUUAAAAGUGUCACGUCAGCUAAAAAGGUAGACAAAAGAUAUCACGUCAACUAAAAAGGUUGACAAAAUUUGGUUCAGAAUCAUAGAACCUCCGUGAAGUUAGAAUGUGUCGUAGCAAAUUUAAUCAUAGUUCAGG